AUGGCAAAGCAGCUGCUGACCGCGCAGAGCUUGGAUGGACAUACGGCCAUGCACAUUGCUGCGCGCUUCGGUCGACGCGGCUGUGUCAAGUCGCUGGCCAGACGCCUUCCGGAUCUUGUGAAGGUGAAGAACCACUCCGGCCACCCCAGUUUGCACGAAGCUGCCCGCAGAGGGAACGACAGCUGUGUAGAGACCUUGCUGGCGUUAGGUGGCGCGGUCGAGCUUUCGGCCACCUCAAAGAAGUACGCACAGAGCCGCGGUCACAGUGAGAUUGCGGAUGCUUUAGUACAGAUGGAGAAGCGGCUAAAAGCCCAGAAAUCGAUGAAAUAUUCUCGUUCCGCACCGAGUACGCUGCCACACAUGAGGUAG